UACCAAUUAAAGAACAGACCAACCACCAACCAGCCGUACCAGUGGUUGAAAGAAAGAAAAGGUUGAGAGGAAGAGAAAAACGUUGGCUUGAGAUUAUCUGAGAGACUGCUAAAAAUGGCUACUGCGUCAGAGAUUGCAGCGAAAUUGAAUCUGAAUCCGCACCCAGAAGGUGGGUUCUACUCCGAAACUUUCAGGGAUACUUCCGUCUUGCUGUCCAAGUCUCAGCUUCCUCCCGAGUACAAAGUUGAUCGCCCUGUUAGUUCAUGCAUUUACUUUUUGCUACCAUCUGGGAGUGUGUCACGUCUUCACCGUAUACCAUGUGCAGAAACCUGGCAUUUUUACUUGGGGGAACCUAUUACGGUAUUGGAGUUAGACGAAGAUGGGAAAGUCAAUUUAACCUGCCUUGGUCCAAAUUUGAUUGGAGAAAAUCAGCAACCGCAGUACACGGUGAAACCGAAUGUAUGGUUCGGGGCAUUUCCAACUAAGGACCUAAACAUUUCUCCAGACGGAACAGUGCUGAAAGCUGCUCCAAGGGAUGCCGAGACCCACUACUCUCUUGUAGGAUGCACCUGUGCACCUGCAUUUCACUUCCAGGACUUCGAGCUGGCAAAACGUUCUGAACUUAUUUCACGUUUUCCUAAAAGCGAACCUCUCAUAUCUUUGCUUACUUUUCCUGAUUGAACAAUAGAAGCUUCGGUUUUUCCCAGUUUCUCUGGGUAAUGUUGUUUCUGCUACGUUAUGUAUGUUAAAUUUGUAAGAAAUAAAUGAUUCUGUUCGACAAGACAAAGCGACGUUAACUCUUGUUAGUAUACAUAACAGUUCUAUUGUCGUUGGAAA